UCGUAGAAAUAGCGUUCGGGUCUAAUCCGGAAUAAGAACAAUAGGAAACUUAAACGAUACGAUAGAUUAUCCCUGAGCUUUUUAUAGAUCGCGGAAGAGGAAGAAAGGCUCUUGUUAUCUUCUUCUUCUUCUCUCUUGCUUCUUUCUCAAUUAAGAUUGUUAUUCUGUCUUUUAGCCAUGCUGAUCGAUCCAAAGAUUGAUCCUUGACACUUUCGCUUCGGAUAUUUUAAGAUUUGUGGAUUUGGGAGAGCAAAAAUCUUUGUUUUUUCAGCGAUUUUUGCUUUUCGUGAGGUUUUUUAGCUGAUCUUCCCAUAAGAAUCUGGGAUAUUGUUACCCACAUCCUAAAAUUAAGUUCGAGAUUCGGCUAUUGUGGUUUCGAUCUCAAGCCACACGCUUCUGAAGCUCAGAUCGCGACUCCUUGAUAGGUCAAAAUUCUCGAGCUUUCAGCUCAAAACUGUCUUGAAAUCUCUUUUUUGUUUUGAUGCCAUCCUGGUAAAGUGAUUUUUCUGUGCAUUUGUGUUAAUAUUCCUAGGUUCCUAGAGUUAAAACUUUUGAAUAGUUCAAAAUUCUCGAAAUUUUAGCUCCAGAAUAUCUUGAAAUCUUUUUGAUCUUAUCCUGAUCCUCAAAUUUAAAACUGCAAAAUUGCAACUUGAGGUGAACAAAGAUGACCAUUGGAGGCCUUUCCCCGGCUGAGAAUAAGGGAAGACGAAGUAACAAAGAGAUUCUUGAUGAGAAAUCUCCCCUGCUUCCAACCAAACGCGAGGGAGAUGGAGGGUUUGAUGAGUUUAAUGGAGCUUCUUUUUCUGGGGCUGUGUUCAACCUAUCGACGACCAUUGUGGGAGCUGGAAUCAUGGCUCUCCCGGCCACCAUGAAGGUCGUAGGGCUGCUGCCAGGAAUUGCCAUGAUCAUAUUCUUUGCUUUCCUAACUGAGGCCUCAAUUGAGAUGUUGAUCAGGUUCAGCCGGGCAGGGAAAACAGUGUCCUAUGCAGGAGUUAUGGGGGAUGCAUUUGGAAAAGUCGGGAAGAUGCUGCUUCAGAUCUGUGUGAUCAUAAAUAAUGUGGGCGUGUUGAUCGUCUACAUGAUCAUCAUUGGUGACGUGCUUUCUGGAACAUCUUCCAGUGGGGUUCACCAUUCUGGUGUUUUGGAAGGAUGGUUUGGGGAGCACUGGUGGAAUGGUCGCUUUUUUGUUCUUCUGGUCACUGCUCUAGCAAUUUUUGCUCCAUUGGCAUGUUUCAAGCAUAUAGAUUCAUUAAGAUUCACAUCUGCCUUAUCUGUUGCACUAGCAGUAGUUUUUGUUGUAAUUACUGCUGGGAUAGCUAUUGUAAAAUUGCUGAGUGGAAGCAUUUCAGCGCCCAAGUUGUUUCCAAGUAUACCUGAUUUGGCAUCUGUUUGGAACCUUUUCACGGUAGUCCCUGUUCUGGUAACUGCAUAUAUCUGCCAUUACAAUGUUCACACUGUAGAAAAUGAACUUGAUGACUCCUCCCAGAUCAAGCCCAUUGUGUGGACAUCACUGGUGCUUUGCUCUACUGUCUACAUAGCUACAAGCUUCUUUGGUUUCCUCCUCUUCGGUGAAUCCAUUCUUGAUGAUGUGCUCGCCAACUUUGACUCCAACCUUGGUAUCCCAUAUAGCUCUCUGCUCAAUGAUGCUGUCCGAGUGAGCUAUGCUGUCCACCUCAUGCUUGUGUUCCCCAUCAUCUUCCACGCACUGCGCCUCAACUUGGAUGGACUCCUCUUUCCUUCAGCAAGGCCUUUUUCUUCUGACAACCAGAGGUUUGCGCUAAUUACAGUGGGACUUCUCUCUGUCAUUUUCCUGGCUGCAAAUUUUAUUCCCAGCAUCUGGGAUGCCUUUCAAUUCACCGGCGCAACAGCUGCUGUUUGCAUUGGAUUUAUUUUCCCAGCUGCCAUUACCCUCAGGGAUCCCCAUGGCAUCGCGACCAAGUGGGAUAAGAUCUUAUCUGUUUUCAUGAUUGUCCUUGCUGUGCUGUCAAAUGCAAUAGCUAUAUAUAGUGAUGCCUAUUCUCUCUUCAAGAAGGGCAAAGCCUUGACUUGGUCUUAAGUUCUGUGAUCCUUGAUAUGUGCAAGUAACUUGCAUAUGUUGGUUGGUAACAUUGGUUACUAGGGCACCCACAUUUGUGGACAUGGUCUAAGUUUGUUUAGUUCAAUAGUAGAAGGCAACUCCAAAUAUUAGUCAAUCUACAUACCAUGAAUGGUAUGCAAACAAUGUAUUGUCAGACUCAUAUAUUAUUAUUGUAGAUUUGUGUUAGAGGUUAUUGCACAAUGUAUCCUUGUAACAAAGGGUGAAGUUGGAGUUAGAAUCAUAAAUUAUUGGAUAAAUUGUAACUUGAUCGACCUUUAUACUUGAUUAUGUACUGGUUGACUGUGUAAACUCCAAUUUGUAUGCUUUAUAAAAUAUAUGAUCAAAAUUAUUUGAUCAAUAGUUAAGUGUGA